AUGCUCUCCUCCGCAGUCUCUUCUUCCCUCCUUAUCUUACACAAGCCCCUUGCUCGCGUUAUCAGAUUCCCCAUCCCCAAACUCCCCCUCUCUCCCAACCCUAGACCCCUCUCUUCUCUCUCACCCGCCGCUUCUGCUCUCACCCCCAAUGCCAUCGGCCCCGGCGGUCGCGCCGGAGCUCUAUCUCCGGCGCCGAUCACCGAAGACCUCCAGAAGAUCGACGUCAACCCUCCCAAGGGCACCAGGGACUUCCCGCCCGAAGAUAUGCGGCUCCGCAACUGGCUCUUCUACCAUUUCAGAGAGGUCUCGCGGUUGUUUGGCUUCGAAGAGGUUGACUUUCCAGUUCUCGAGUCCGAGGCUCUGUAUAUUAGAAAAGCAGGAGAGGAAAUUCGAGACCAGCUAUAUUGCUUCGAAGACCGAGGUAAUCGUCGAGUUGCAUUGAGGCCUGAGCUCACUCCUUCUUUGGCAAGACUGGUUAUACAGAAAGGAAAAUCUCUAUCCCUUCCAGUGAAAUGGUUUGCCGUGGGGCAGUGUUGGCGGUAUGAGAGGAUGACGAGGGGGCGGCGAAGGGAGCAUUACCAAUGGAAUAUGGACAUUAUUGGUGUACCUGAAGUUACGGCUGAAGCAGAACUUAUUUCUUCAAUUGUCACUUUCUUCAAGCGAUUAGGAAUUACCACAUCAGAUGUUGGAUUUAAGGUUUCAAGUCGAAAGGUUUUGCAAGAAGUAUUGAGGCAUUACUCCAUACCUGAAGCUUUAUUUGGCAAGGUUUGCAUCAUCAUAGACAAGAUAGAGAAGAUUCCAGUGGAUGAUAUAAAAAACGAGUUGAAAUCUGCUGGUGUGUCGGAAGAGGCUAUUGAGCAGUUAUUGCAAGUUCUUUCCAUUAAGUCUUUGACAAAGUUGGAAGAGAUACUUGGAGAUGCUGGUGAAGCAGUUGCUGAUCUGAAGCAGCUAUUCUCUCUUGCUGAGAAAUUUGGUUAUUCUGAAUGGAUUCAGUUUGAUGCUUCUAUUGUUCGUGGCCUUGCCUACUAUACUGGUAUUGUCUUCGAGGGUUUUGAUAGAGGAGGAAAGUUGCGAGCCAUUUGUGGUGGUGGGCGAUAUGACCGCUUGCUUUCUACUUUUGGUGGUGAUGACAUUCCUGCUUGUGGCUUUGGAUUUGGUGAUGCUGUCAUAGUGGAAUUGCUAAAGGAGAAGGGUCUUCUGCCAGAACUCAGCCUGCAAGUAGAAAACAUUGUGUGUGCUCUAGAUCCUGGACUUCAAGGAGCCGCUGCCACAGUUGCCACCAUACUCAGGGGAAAAGGUCAAAGUGUUGAUUUAGUCUUGGAGAACAAACCGCUCAAAUGGGUAUUCAAGCGUGCAGCAAGAAUAAAUGCUAAUAGGUUGAUAUUGGUGGGAGAUUCAGAGUGGCAAAGGGGUAUGGUGGGUGUGAAAAUACUUUCUUCCGGUGAACAACAUGAGAUCAAACUUGAUGAACUAGAGUGA